AUGAGUUUUGACACAUCAUGGGACGUUGAUAAAUAUAAGUCUGAAUUUGAGAAUGACGAUCAUUGGCAAUUUAGACGACAAUUUUUAGUUGAACAUAAAGACAAAUAUCCAGAAGAUAGAUUAGUGUGUCUAGCUCAAGUAUUUUUUAAUGUUGAAUUCUUGGGAUGCAAGUACCCAGAAAAAACAAUGCUACUUAUUGAAAAACUUGCUGAAGGUUUAGCUGAUGAUCUUAGAGAAAAACGAAAAGGAAAGCUUCAAAGAACAUUUGUUGCUGCUUCAGAUGCAGCUGAAGCAAGGGCUAAAGGAAAAUGUCAAGUUUCUUCGUCAGCUACCAAACAAUCACUAAACAAUCUUAAUUAUACUAAAUAUUCAAUAGUUUCACCAUAUCAUCCUGAUUACACAUUGCCUAAUUUUAUUAUACUUGAUGCUAAUUCUCAAAACCCAUUUGAAAUUCUGAACAGAUCUUGUGAUUUUUGUCAUGUGCCAAAACCAAUUAUUCUUUUUGAUAAAACAGAUGCCUUAAAUAUUAAAGCAGAUCUCUAUAUUCAACAAAAGCUCAUUGAUACUGCUUUUGGAAAAUCAGAAAAAAUUGCUAAAAAAAAUGUGUGUGAAUCAGCUCUUGAAAAAUUAAAAUAUAUAUGUUUUACCAUUAAAAAAAAAGAUGAUGACUCUGAAUCUCAUAUAAGUAAAUCUGAAUUUAUAAAAAAUGAAACUGAGGUAAAUGUUGAGCCAUUAUCUUCUGAAAUAAUCACUAAAAAUACUGAUGUUGAUAAAAAAUUAUCUGAUGAUAAUAUUGGUAAUAAAUUACUUAAAAUGAUGGGUUGGAAAGGAGGAGGAUUGGGAAAGGAGGGCCAGGGACGCAAAGAGCCUAUAGAAGUAAUUCAGUUACCAAAACAUUUAGGACUUGGUCACAAGUCUAAUAUUGGUGAAAGUGCUAAACAAAAAAUUAUGUUUGCUUUACAAAGAGAAGUGAAAAAACAUUUGAUAGAAUUUAAAAAAAGUUCAAAAUUAAGACUUUCAUUUUCAACUGAAUUCACAUUAGAUGAACGGAAAGCAAUACACAUGAUAUGUUUGAAAUUGGGUUUGAAAACGAGAAGUUAUGGUCAAGGAGAACAAAGGCAUAUAGUCAUAUCUAAAAAACAAACAGCUCAAGAAAUUUUCAAUGAAUUAACAGAAUGUGGGAAUGAAAAUGAAUAUUUUGUAUUGAUUCCUCCAAUCAAUCAAAAUUAAAACCUAGAAGAUUUAAAGCCAAAAAUUCAUUAAAAAUAAAAUAACUAUAAAAUAAUUGUUCGAACUUUAAAAAUUUUAAGUUACUUACAGGUUAUUUCAUUUUUAAUUCAAACUUUAACUGUAGUGUAAAGUUUGAUUAAACCUUGUUAUGUUACUAUUAUAAAAAUGUAGCUGACGAAUAAAUUUAUAUACUUGUAUUUAUGUAUAAUAGUUAAAAUU